CGAUUCUGCCACCGCAAAGAACGUACCUUUCAAAACCGAGACGCCAUCAUCUUCGGGUCUGUCAAGCAUUCUGCAACCCAAGCAUCCCAACAUUUGGACCAAGGUUGGGAUCCGGCUUCCGGAACGAUCCGAGGAUGCCAAAUGGAAAUCGUUAUUGGAUCAGACCCGAAACUCACCGGAGGGCCCUGAAUCUGGGAUGGAUUUUUUGGCAGGCUCGUUUGAACCUUCUGUCCCAUCCAAGACGCAAUCAAUCCCGCUGUCAUCUUCGGCUGAGCGACCCUCAACAUCUAAGGAAGAGCAAAAACUCCAAAGACCAAGGCGGGGCCAGCCUCCAAUUUCGGAAGUUUUUCGGAAUGGCAACUCUGCCACUCGCCAAGGGCGAUUUCUGAAGUUCUUGCCCAAGAACAAGGCCAAUAAAACUCGGCCUUUGACUCAGUUGCUGAAUCAAGUGGGAAAGAAACAAACGAGGGUCUUCAACAAAAUACAAACCCAUAUCAAUAACAAGAAAAACAAUCUCAACCAGGUAUUCCAGCCGAACAAAAAAGAGUUUCGAAAAGGCCGAGUCCAAGGCCAAGACCGAGCUCUAGCCGCUGGCAAGGAACGAGACUCAUUACCUUCUUCCAUAAAGGCCAAUGGCCUCAAAAACGCAAGCCAACCUCCUGUGAACAGAUACGUCGCUCCAGCUAACCCCGGCAAAAGUAUGUCCAAUUUGGGAGUGUCUGCCGCUAAUUCUCAAGUGCAGGCUCCCCCAAACAGUUAUUUGCCUGGACCAGAUGACACCAAUGGGUCCGUUGCACCAGUUUCAUCUCAGUCCAACCAAGAAGGAACAGUAGGGGGAACAUUGACAGACCAGCCUCUUUCAACAUCCUAUGGGGUAUUCCAGCCAAAACCAACACCAAAUGCUCACAAUGCACCGACUGCCACUGCUGUGGGUCCAAUCUACGAAUAUGGAUCUGACUACUACGAUUAUACUGAUUUUGAUUAUGGGACAUUGCCGAAUGCUGGUCCCAUGACUCCAUCCACUUCAUUAGAACCACCCAAUGCGAACUCAGACAAUUUAGACUACAGCUAUAAUAACGAGUAUGACUACGGUGAUUAUCCGACAGUUGUUCCAGAUUUGCCGAGCUUCGACGAUGGAACGUUAGAAGAGAAAUUAUUGGCAUUCCGGGAGAAGUCCUCGAUCAGAUUUUGCUUGGAUGAGAAUGCACCGACUUCUGUCUCAGUUCCACAACUGGGAAUUCGCUUUUGUCUGCCCGAGUUUUCUAAACAAGUUUUUGAUUUAGAUGUCUUGGGAACUUUAGUAACCGUCAGUUGUGUCCUGGAAUUGAACAAUAGCCCCAAAACCCUGAGUGCCAUUCCUUUUCAACAAGUUCCAUGUCUUCCACAGGAUAUGGGCUCAAAGCAGGCUUCUGAGUCUGUAAAUAAAAAUAUCGGUUCAGGCACGAGGAGCCCCACAAGCGUUCCGGGAUCAGGUAAAGGAGACAUGACUUCUCUGUCCCCAAACAUGCUAGGAUCCAAUUUGAGACAAGAGCUUUGUUUAGUGGAGAAUAAGAAUGGAAGAAUAACAGUGGAAAAAUAUUCAUGCUCCAAAGCGGGUGCUCCGGAAAUCAUGGACUUGAUUCAAGCGUUUUGUUUGGAUGAUAAUGUGGCAAGAAUACUUCAAGUGGGCGAAAUGAUUGAACCGUCUAUUUUGGCCCCCUUCGUAGAAAGUAAACAAUGUCAGGCCAAUCCGAAGAUGCAAGCUAUGGGCCCGAGAGCCAUGAUUAUGACCCUGCAGGACUCCAUGAAGACUUCGUCCGACCGUCAGGAGAUGAGCAAGAUGAUGAAUAUGAUGAAGACGCUGAUGGCGAAAAUGAUAAUGUCAAAGAGUCCUUCCAGUUCCAAUGUUCCAACAGCAGCAACAACAACAACAGAAAUAUGUCUGGUCGAGAAGGGCAGAACUGUCGUGGCGGCAAGCUUGAAAUGCGUUCAGCUAGAUAUGGCCAAAGAUGAAAUGAAUGACUUGCAAAGUAAUUUUUGCCUUGAUGAAAAUAGUGCUCGAGUAGUCAGUCCUGGGGAUGAAGUGGAUGUGUCAGCAUUGGCACCUUUCGUGAAAGAAAAGCUUUGUUUCAUGGCAAAAGGCACUCAGCCUAUGACCAUGAGCAAGAUGAUGACCAGUCUACAAGAGGCCAUCAAAACCAUGUCUGACCGAAAUGAAGUCAUCAAAAUGGCGUCCAUGAUGAAGAGCUUGGAAAUGAAGGGAGUCAUGAUGAAAAAGGCCAAUGCCCUUAAGAGCUUUUCAACAAGGAAAUGUGCAUCAACCAAGCAAUUUGAAAGCACCGGACAAAUGGCUUUUGAGGAGCGGAUGUGCUUAAAUAAGAUCACAAAGGAUGUUCUAGAGGAUAACGAGAUCUUGGACAAGAUUGUCUUGAAAACGUGCAUGCCUGAGGGGAUGAGUCUUAAACAAGGAUUAAUGAAUAUGUUGGGCAGAAUGGAAGAGAGCGCAUGCCUCUUGGGUGACAAUGAAGUCAAGCCCAAAGACACAUCGACAAAGAGGACCAGCUCUCCCAUCUCCGGAUUCCAGUUCACUUUUACAAAAAGGGCUUGUUUCCUCAACGAGACCUUCGACUUGAAUAAUCUAUUUGUGGAAACAAGGAGCUGUCUUCCCAAGCUGCCCAAAAAUCAACUUACUUUGACUUCCUCAGACCUAAAGCCACUUUUCUGCAUGCCAGAGGAUCGAGAUUUUCUGAACGCCACCCCUGAAGAUCUGAUCUUUUCCAUCCCAUUUGUUGAGACUUACUUUUGUCACGAGCAGGUGAAGGAAGUCACCUUUCCAGUUCCUCAAAUGAAGAUGUGCUUGGCAGAAGGGACCCUCCUCACCGACCAGAUAUGCUUUCCAAACACGACCAUGAAAUCCAGUGUCCUCAAGGACUACUUUUGCGUCAGGGACGAGAUUGAUCCCGUCGCUGCUUUGGAACUCUCAUUGGUGGAUCUGGCUCCAUUUGUGGCGCCCACCAAAUGCUUGGCGGUGAAGCAUUCGCAAUCGUCUUCACCAGUGUUACUGUUGUCCCAACCCCUGGCUUUGAACCUUUCGGACCCAUUUUUCGAGAGCAGAUCUUGCUUGAAUCCGGACAAACUUGAGGACAUUGGUGAAUCCAUAAAAGAGAAGACCUGCUUAGCCCCAUUGGACAAGUUGCCAGCAACUGUUCCAAAAACACUGGAACGAUCGUUCUGCUUGUCCAAAGGUGGUAAUCCAAUCACAGGCAACCUUAUUUCAGUGCUUCCAUUUGUUGAGGAGUCCUUGUGCUUUAAAUCAGAGGAAAAAAAAUCGAACGAGCCGACCAAUGAACAAGAUUUCAUGCAGAUGUUGAUGGGCAUGUCUUCUUCGAAAACAAGUGGCUCAUCAGAUUUAGAAGUCAGGCAAUGCUUGGACCCUGAUUCCAAUGUAUUUGAUUUCAAGGAAAUGAUGUGUCAUCCGAAAAAGGAUGGGUCCAAUCCCAUGGCCAAAAGUGGUAUCAUGGUCACUUGCCUCAGUUCUCAAACGACCAAUGUGGAUGUCCAAUCUGCAAUUCUGUCAGACCUCAUCUUAUUCACCGAGAAGCUCAUAUGUACCACGGACGAAGUGAUGGCCAUGGACAAGAUUAAACAAAAUCAGAGAGACGCUACUACAUCGGCUCCUGACACCUACGACUACGACUACGAGGGUGACAAUUAUGACUAUGACACAAAUGACUCGUCUGUAGCAAAUGUCAUGAUGAUGAACGGAAUGGUUCAGAUCCCAAAAAGUGAAGUCCGACUUUGUCGGAAGGGCUCACGGUCUAGGAAGCAGUCUGUAAACCUGGAGCUCAGGAUUUGCUUGGACGAUCCCAAAGCCAUGAGCUUCAAAGAUAUGGAUGACCUAGUGGAGCGGUUAUCUUGUAUUUCUCAAAAGGCACUCACCACACCACCCAAGAACGGUAUCGACUCCUUUUUGAGCGACUCCCAGUGUUACGUAAAAGUCAAAGAGAACCAACGAAACCAAGGGAAAAAGCGCUUCCAAACGGAUCAGCACUUGUGUUCAGUUCAGGGCAAAUUGGAGAGGAGAAAUUGUUUUACUGGACAGGCCAAGAGGAGAGCCAAUCGAAGGCGGGAAAUUCAAACGGAAGAGCUCUCUUGUCUUCCCAAUCAGAUCAAAGAGUCCCAAGACUUUGAGAUGGUCAAGCUCGAUUGUAUUGCCAGGAAACCUUUGAAUGUCAAGCUAGUUCCAAAGAAGUCCAAAAACCAGAGCAAAAUGAACGUCAAUAAAAUGGUCUUGCUCAACAAAUCUGAUGCUGAUCGAUUGAUUAAAAAUUUGGAGGAAGUCAAAUGUAAAGAUAUGAUGCUCAUGGAUGGAUUUCAAAUGCCAGUCUCCAUGGCACGACAAUGUUUCAAGCAGAACACGCCCAUGAAGGUGUUGAGUGAAUACCCUUUUGAAAUGUUGGAAUGCUUAAGCUCCACCCGAUUUUGUUUGACCAAAGCGUUCCAAAACUCCUUGGAUUCAAGCAUUGGGGUCUCAACAAAUCCCAAGAUGACUUUGCAAACGAUUAAAUGUCUAAAAGUGAAUGGUAAUGUCCCAAAACUCGAGGACCACAUGUGCUUUGCGAAGGAUUCGAUCCCCAAUAAUGUUAGGGUCGAGGAUUUGAGUUGUUUACCUGCUUUGAGCGGAACCACGAUUAAUGCCAUGCCAACUUUUGAAGUUAGGAAAUGUGUGGCCAAUCAAGCAAUGGAUGAACCUUCCCAACGCUCGGAAAUGGAUCUUAUUGAGCAAUUGAGCAUCGACAUAUCAGUGGAAUCUCAGGAUUCUACCGACGGAAACUUGGAAGACCACAUGGAAAUCCACGACCAAGCUCUCUUGGAGGAUACUUCAAUCGACGUGCCAGCCGAUGAAGAACCAAUUUUAGGCCUCUUGACGACCUUGCCACAUUUGUGUUUCCUGAACUUGGGAGGCUUUCAACAACGCCAAUGCUUCACCUCAGAUCGUGUUCCACUCUCCCAAGAUACUGAAGUGCUCCUAUGUCUCCAAACUGAGAUCACGAACCCAAGUCAGCUUCCGUUUAGCAAUACCAACAUGCCCAGUACGACCAUUUGUAAGCGUGAACUCAUGACCAUGGAGCAAGUCAUGACAAUGGCCAUGGAUAUGAUUCAAAUGAAUAUGGGCCAACAAUUGCAAUCCAUGUCUUCUGCCAGUGCUGAAUCCAUCACGGAUAUGAUUGUGACGGCAAUCAAUGAGGUGAUUGAGAACAACUCGGACGACAUUGACAUGUUGAACUUGAUGAGGGAUAUGAGAGGAAUGAGGAGAAGUGAAGUUCGAGAUGCAAUGACCAAUCUCGAUGUGCCACCAAACAUGAGGAACCGUAUUUCAAAUACCCUCUUGGAUCGGAUCAAUGAUGCCAUCUCCCCCGUUUUUGGUUAAUGUCAUUGAACUCUUUUGCUGUUUUUGUAUCAUUUAUUCUCGUUUGGUAGCUAUUUAAGCAAAUAUUAUCUUCAGUAAGCGUUCUUCAAAGACAUGCUCCACUCCCAGGAUCCGUCAAAAUCGAAUCAAAUGUCAAAGGACAAAGGUAAUUUGGAAAAGAUCUUGUUAACACGGUUACAAAAGUUCAUUUAAUGUCGUUCAUGAUGUGUUUGGAAGGCAAUCUGAUAAAACAACGAACAAAAAUCCAAGCC